GCUAAGAAACUUGACGUAGAGAUAUUCUACAUACACAUAUCGAGAUCGAGAGAGAGAGAGAGAGAGAGAGAGAGAGAGGGGCCAUUGACUUUCUUGUUGGGUUUUGGGUUUUUUAAAAGUUUGGAAGAAUGGUAGAAUCAGAUUCAGGAGGCUGCAGGCCUUUAGGGUUCUUGUUGGGGUUACCUUUUGCUUUUGUCGCAUUGAUUCUCUCUCUAGUUGGUGCUGUCAUCUGGGUUUUGGGGACCGUGUUGAGUUGUUUGUGCCCGUGCUGCUGCUGUUGUGUCGGCCUCGCGAACAUGGCAGUGGGUCUGAUGAAGCUUCCGUUUAAGAUCAUCACUUGGUUCACCGAUCAGAUCCCUUGUUAAAAUCUGAUUUUAGCUUCCAUUCUGUUUAUUUACGAUCGAAUGUUUUAUUGGUUUCUCUCAUUUGUUUGUAAAGUCGUUACCAGACAUGGCAGCUUCAGGCCUUUCAAUACCUUUUCCUUGUUUUUUUUUUUAUUUUUUAUGGAUCUUCAAUUGCUUUAUAGUUUAUACUACCGGGAGAGGAAAUUAUAAUUGAAAAUUAGAUCGAGUACCUAUUUAUA